UACAAUAUGAAAAAUUGCUGAAUUUAAGAUUAUUUUUACUUAUUAUUGUUACUAUUAUAUCUCAUUUCAUUUGGUAACAUAUUCAGCAAUGGUUUGAUGCAAAUUUGGUUAUAAAAUAACGAGACAAGAGUGAAGUUUGCAAGAUGCCAUUGAAGAAUUCGUACGUUGUUUGGAACAAUAAAGGAGGAGCAGGGAAGACAACCCUUACGUUUCAUCUGUCAACUGAAUAUGCAUUAAGCCAUCCCCUUGAGGAAAUUGUUGUAUUGGAUAUGUGCCCUCAAACAAACGCUUCGUCUGCUCUACUGUCCAACGUUGAUGAAAAUGACGAAGGUAUACAGGGAGAUGAAGUGGUAAGGGAAAUGGCUAAUUCCAAGGUAGAUUGCAAUGAUGCUUAUAAAACGUCAUUUGAAUAUGACAAGACAGUGUGUGGAUAUUUAAUGGCUCAGAUAGAUAAAAGAGGCAUCAACUUUGAAGAGUUUCUAGUACGUCCGGCUGAAUAUAAUGAGUAUAUACCUAGGAAUAUGCAGCUCCUUUGUGGUGACCAUUACUUGGAAGUGAUAGCCAAGCGUCUAGAGGGCGAAAGGAUGUUACCACCUACUAGAAAAGGUCCAUGGAAAGUAGUUACAGAAUUUAUGAAGGAAUUUGUCACCAGAGUCGUAGCUUCCGAUCCUCGAGAACGUGUCUUUACUUUCUUCAUUGACACUAACCCUAGUUUUUCGGUUUACACUGAACUAGCCAUGCUUGCAGCCACAAGGAUAAUUGUGCCUUUUAAUGCUGAUGACUUUUCGAGAACAGCUGUUAAGUCCAUGUUAUACUUGCUGUAUGGUAUAGAAAUAGAUAAUGAACGACAAAUGAAGUACGAACACUUAAGGGAAUACGAAUUUUGGUACAGGGCCAAAAAAGAAGGCUUUAUUCUCCCAAAAAUACACCUUCUUAUAAACAAUAAAAUCACACAAUACCGUAAUGGAGUUGCAAAGGCAUUCGGAGCGAAAGAAAGUGAAAUACGCGAUCAUAUUAAAACCGUAAUGCAUGAGAAGUCAGAAAGAUUUGUUCAUCCUGAGGAUCCUGAUUUCCCAAUUAUACACGAACUGAACGAUUUUCACACAAUUGCUGUCCAAUGUUUACAGUUAGGAUGUCCGUUAAGAGACCUUCCAGCGAAGGUUCAAAUGGCGGACGUUACCGUACCAAAUGCUGAAAAGGUACAGCAAGCAUACCUUUUGAAGCUUCAAAGUAUCGUACAACUUUUGUAGACAUAUUUUACCAAAAAAAACAAACAACUUUUAUUUGAGACUGAAGGCAUAGAUUGCAACACGUUGCACUGACCUUUUUUGUGAAAUGAGAAAACGUUUUAUCAUAAUUUUUAAAUUGUAUUUGUUAGCCUUAGUACUACCUGUAAGACAUAUCGAAUUACCUGCAUAACACUUAUUACUAGUACUUAGUUUAUGGACCAGAAGACAGCUAGUGGCACUUAAUUACAUUUGUUAUGUGUUAUUUUAAUUUUAAAAUGUGAAUGAUGCUCUCUAAUUUGCGUGAAUAUAGUAACUUAAAUGUAUUAUUGUAAUUCUAGAUCAAAAGAUUUG